UUUUUUCUGUUAGUUUUCUUUUGUCUUUUAGAGAACGAAAUGUCAUCAGUGGAAUCACUCCAGGAACAGUUGUCCCAGUCAGAUCCGUCUCCAUCACCAAACUCAUGUAGUUCCUUUGAGCUAAUAGACAUGGAUGCUGGCAGUUUGUACGAACCAGUUUCUCCUCAUUGGUUUUACUGUAAGAUAAUAGAUUCUAAGGAGACAUGGAUUCCUUUCAAUUCUGAGGAUUCACAGCAACUGGAAGAGGCAUAUAGCUCUGGAAAAGAUUGUAAUGGGAGAGUGGUCCCCACUGAUGGCGGCAGAUACGAUGUUCAUUUGGGGGAGAGGAUGCGGUACGCUGUGUACUGGGAUGAGCUAGCAUCAGAAGUGAGACGAUGUACCUGGUUUUACAAGGGAGACAAAGAUAAUAAGUAUGUUCCAUACUCGGAGAGCUUCAGCCAAGUAUUAGAGGAAACUUAUAUGCUUGCUGUAACUCUGGAUGAAUGGAAAAAGAAACUGGAGUCUCCCAACAGAGAAAUUAUUAUAUUACACAAUCCAAAGCUUAUGGUGCAUUACCAGCCAGUUGCAGGGUCUGAUGAGUGGGGUUCAACACCCACCGAGCAGGGUCGACCAAGAACAGUGAAGAGAGGGGUUGAGAACAUCUCUGUUGACAUUCAUUGCGGGGAACCUUUACAAAUAGAUCACUUGGUUUUUGUAGUCCACGGGAUUGGACCAGCUUGUGAUCUCCGCUUUCGAAGCAUUGUACAGUGUGUUAAUGAUUUUCGCAGUGUUUCUUUGAACCUGCUACAGACGCAUUUUAAGAAAGCCCAAGAGAAUCAGCAGAUUGGGAGGGUAGAAUUUCUCCCAGUCAACUGGCACAGUCCUUUGCAUUCCACUGGUGUGGACGUAGAUCUGCAGCGAAUAACCUUGCCCAGCAUCAACCGCCUCCGGCACUUCACCAAUGACACAAUCCUGGAUGUCUUCUUCUACAACAGCCCCACCUACUGUCAGACUAUUGUGGACACGGUUGCUUCUGAAAUGAACCGAAUAUAUAAACUUUUUCUGCAGAGGAAUCCUUAUUUCAAAGGAGGUGUAUCCAUUGCUGGUCACAGUUUAGGUUCGCUUAUAUUGUUUGAUAUCCUAACAAAUCAGAAGGAUUCUUUGGGGGACACUGACAGUAAAAAGGAUUCGCCGGAUAUUGUCAUGGAUCACGGAGACACACUGACAUUAGAGGAGGAUCUGAAGAAACUUCAACUCUCUGAAUUCUUCAGUAUCUUUGAGAAGGAGAAAGUAGACAAGGAAGCUCUGGCUUUAUGUACAGACAGAGAUCUUCAGGAAAUGGGAAUUCCCUUAGGACCAAGAAAGAAGAUACUAAACUACUUCAGGACCAGAAAAAAUUCAAUGGGUAUUAAUAGACUGACCCUGCAGUCAGCUUCAGGGGCGAACAUGUCUAACCUUUCCAAAGAGUCGGAGUUCUGCAGCGGUACUGCUGGAAAUGAUCAGCAUCUGGACGUUGGCAUCGGGCAGGUGUCUGUAAAAUACCCCCGACUCAUCUAUAAACCGGAAAUAUUCUUUGCCUUUGGAUCUCCCAUUGGAAUGUUCCUUACUGUCCGAGGACUAAAGAGAAUUGACCCCAACUAUAAAUUUCCAACAUGCAAAGGUUUCUUCAAUAUUUAUCACCCUUUUGACCCUGUGGCCUAUAGGAUUGAACCCAUGGUGGUCCCGGGAGUGGAGUUUGAGCCAAUGCUGAUCCCGCACCAUAAAGGCAGAAAGCGGAUGCACUUAGAACUGAGAGAGGGCCUGACCAGGAUGAGCAUGGACCUGAAGAACAACCUGCUUGGCUCGCUGCGGAUGGCCUGGAAGUCCUUCACCAGAACUCCUUACCCUGCCUUACAGGCUUCAGAAACUGCAGAAGAAACUGAAGCAGAACCUGAGUCAGGUUCAGAGAAGCCUAGUGAUGUUAGCACAGAGGAGAGCCCUGCGGCAGGGAAAGAAGACGCCCCCCCCAUUAAUGUGGGGAUGCUGAACGGAGGCCAGCGCAUUGACUACGUGCUCCAGGAGAAGCCCAUCGAAAGUUUUAAUGAGUAUUUAUUCGCUUUACAAAGCCAUCUGUGCUACUGGGAGUCUGAAGAUACAGUAUUGCUGGUCCUCAAAGAAAUCUACCAAACCCAGGGUAUCUUCCUUGAUCAGCCUUUACAGUAGAAAUGAACCACCCACGGCUGCUUGAUGUGAGUUUUCCAGUGUCGUGUACGCAGCAUGGUUCAUGCAUAUUAACACUUGAGAAGGAACUGUGGAACCUCCAGCCCUUUAUAAAUAUACUUUUUGUUGCCGUCACCGAGAUCUGUGUUACAAUUCCUUUUAGAGGGAGCCUGGUUAGAGUUCAGGGGGAGGAAGUACAAUGGCCCACUUAGAGACGGGUCAGUGGAUUUGUUUUGCUAGCGACUUGGUCCAGUGACCCUCAGAAUCUUAACUAGUUCUGAGCGUCUGAGUUAUCAUGGCAACAGUGACAGCUUUAAUAACAGCCCAUCGUGGGAUUUACACGCUCGGCCUUUUAGAUGCGUAACUAGAAAGUGCGUGUGUCAGACUCCGGCGUUCUCUCCGGUCGCCUUCCGGUGCUGACCCCUCUCCCCCUCUCUCCCCUAGACGGACUCUGAGGCGUCCUUCCCCAGAAAGCCCGCCUCUUCGCUGCUGCACUUCUCCUCUCCUCAGCCGCGCCAUUGCCUGCAUGUUACCUGCCACUUACCACUCCGGGGUCCCUGGAGGAGAACCUUCCUUCCCGGGAGGGUGUGGGCAAGCAAGGGGAGCCCCCGCCGCCUUCCCGCGCUGCUUCACACGGACUCUUGCCAUCCUUUCCUCGUAGCUGGGGGUGGUCUGCAUCUUUAAUUCUUUGAUGGUAUUUAGGCACCACACGUUACCGCUUAGUACUUGAGAUAGUAUAAAGUCUGUUUUGAGUUUGAUUUGGGUUGGGUAGAAAUUUUUUGGGAAAUUGCUGCUUAUCUUUAGAAAAUAUUCUUAUCUGGAAGCAGACUCUUAAGCUUCAGAAGACAUCUGGGGUCUGCUCGUCUCACGGGCGAUCUGUGCGUUUGAAGGCCGAGGCUGAGGGACCAUGGGAAGACAGGUGGGCAGUCUCUGAGCCAGCUUUUCUUUCCUCCAAGAACUGUAUGAAGAAAGACUAAAACUUGUAAAGAUUGUUUACUCUCUGCAGCUGACUGAUUGCUAGGAAUCCCGGAGGCUGUUCAUUGUUUUUAUAGCUGUUUGAGCUGCUUGCAGUGUCUAAAGUGGACAGUUCAGUUCACAUCAGGUGCAUCUUUACAAAGCAAAGAUAUCAUAUAUCCUAGGCCUGCUCUUUUAUAUCAUACUUCACACUGGGAGCCUCUAGCUGGAGUCUGACUUAGGUAUUAAGUUGAGGGUAAAGUUAUAAAAGCUGAUGAAAUUACACAGCCUGGACAGACCGCUUAGGUUUUGAAUAAAACCUUCUAGCGGAGCACUGAUGGUGAAGUAGUUUGUGCAAGUCACCUGCCGCGUCUGUCAGGGCGAAGGUAGCGCGGUGUCCCCUUUAAGAACGCCGCCGCAGUCACCCGCAGUCCCGCAUGCCUCCCGCACAGGCUCCCGGCACAGGCAGAGGCGGUGGAGCAGGUCGGUCUGGCUGCGUCCCUGGGGCUGGGAACGGCUGUUGCAGGGUCAGGUGAGGCGGGUGAGGGGAGACCGGCUUUUCCUGAGGCACCUGCUCACCGCUGUGGGGGGCUGUUUUGUCACUGGUCACAGCUUGCUGUUGCCUUUGCUGUUCUCUUUGUGAGCAUCCUUCCCAGUCCCCUCAGGUUCCCACAGGCCCCGUGUACACAGUGGCACAGGCAGGCGAGCUGUGUGUCUUGUAACUUUCUUAUGAAUGUAUUAUAAUGUCCAAAGCCCUGGCGUUUAACAUCCACGUAAGCCAUCCCUUCGACAGCGGUGGUCUUCAUCCCUUUCUGGAGAGACAAGGAAAGGGGGGGUUACUGGCCCCCUAGAGGUAAGGCUGGGGUGUAGGUCGGAGCCUGGCCCUUCCUGGGCCACCGGCGGCUGGACUGAUGCCGCCUCAGCCAGCGAGCAGUUUCAGACACGUGGGACACUUUAUUCCCUUACUAUAUAAACUGAGUUGGAAGGGUUACUGAAAAUUAAGGAGCAUCCAGUAUAUAUUAAAGGGGAAGCUUUCAUCAAAUUGUCUUCAAAUUUAAACUUACUCUUCAUAUUAACAGAGUAAGUACUAUUUAAGAGGGAACCAAAGGACAAGCAAGAGUGAGUUCCUGUAACCAAAGCUGAGCAGCACCCCCUGGAGGGCUGGAUGCACCAGUUUGUACGAAGUGUUUCUGUCCUGGGGGGAGGGGCAGGUGACUGUAAAAGAGCUUUACGUCUGUCCACCUGGGGUAGCGUCGUGGCUGCGUAUUACAGAGUAAGAAGCUUGGCUUAAAAUUCUCCCACUGUUGUUUGCACUACUUCAGCUGGGUCACGUGCGGAUUCUUGACCAAGCCUAUUCUUAAACUCCAGUAGUACCGUUUUCUACAUAUUCCCAGCUACAGAACUGGUGUUGCUUAUCACACACACGAGACUGUCUGCAUGGAAAGAGUAACCGCACUGAUUAGCUUUCUCAUAUUUUGCACUUUUUGAAAUGUUUAUGUGAUUAUAUUUAAAACUUUAGUAAAUCCUGAAAUAAACUAUAUUGACCAGUUUGCCUA